GUGGAUCAGACACGCCGUUAUUCCGCUCCGGCUCCACUACACGCUGGUGCGCGCGAGCGACAGAUAAAAUCGGUACUCGGUAUCUCAUCAUUUAUGUCACUUUGCAUAGGGAGGGAAAAAAGUAAUUCCCGGAUACUGAUAGUGAUAUAUUGCACUUUUAAAAGCUGUGUCCUGUGAAGGCGUGUUCACUUGUCUGGAUCCUGUAGAAUAAGCAGCGAUGGCUUUCAUGGUGAAGCACAUGAUCGGUGGACAGCUGAAGGACCUGACCGGCGGAUUAACGGAGGAGAAAACGGAUGGAGAGAAGGGAGAAGCUGCGGCUAAAGGCAUGACAGAAGAGGAGUGUGAACAAUACCAACAGCAGCUGGAGGAGGAGAAGCGAGAACGAGAUGCCAGUUUUGCCCAAAAGAAGGCGGAAAGAGCCACAGUGAGAACUCACUUCAGAGAAAAGUACAGACUCCCAAAGAACGAGUUGGAUGAGACUCAGAUCCAGGCUGCAGCGGAGGAUGUGGAGCUGCCGACAGAGCUAGCGAAGAUGAUUGCGGAGGACAACCAGGAAGAAGAGAGCAAGCUCUCAGUGCUCGGGCAGCUGUCCAGCAUCCAGAACGUGGACAUCGACCAUCUGAAGGACAAAGCACAGACCACACUGGAAGAGCUGAAAAACACAGCAGAGAAGUGCUCGCUCAUGUGAACUUCUCUCUUUUGUUCCAGUGCCCUCCCCCCCUUUUCUCUUGUAUAACAUUGAAACUCCAAGCACACUUUUAUCUACGUCUGUCUCUUUAAUGCCAUGCUGAAGCAGAAAAGAUACACUUCUCACCUCUUCCUCUCUCUCUUCUUCUCUUUUUGUUUAUCACACAUCACUUACAUCACAUUUACACA